UAAUUUGUAUGAAUAAUAUUCCACACACGCCCCCAUCCCCUUCCCUCCUCUGCACCCUGGGGGGGUUUCUUGCUUUUUAUACAAACAAAGCUGCUGUGGAAAUGCAUUUGUUCCCUGGAGUUUAGGCAAAAGUCAAGAUUUUGAUGCUCCCUUUUCGUGUGUGUGGGUGUGUGUCGGGGGAGGGGGGAGCGUUGGGCUCUGCCUAGAGAUCAGUGUCUGAAUGAAACUACAUGUAUUUAAUUGCAUGUGUCUGUACGUUGCACUGGAGGGAAAAGCACAGCACUUCUGCAAGAGCUUGGAGUCAAAGGUGUGUUUCAUCUGCUCUUCAUAAUUUUGCUUUUGGUUUGGGUUGUUCUCCUUCCUGGGCUCUGAGGCGGGAUAUUCUGAUCUUUGACAUGUCUUUGGAGAUGUCUGUUUAACAGAAGUCGGGGAAAUAAAUUUUAAAAUCCAUAGUGGGUUUUUUUUUUUUUUUUUUUUGGUCCUGUCCCCUUGGAGAUUUGAUCUUUUGAAGCAUGAAAGCAACCAGAACUUAACGUGUUUGAAGACUUGUGAUUUUUUUUUUAAAAGGAAACUUGACAGAGGAACAUAUUUAUAGUCCAAACGAAAGUACCUCUGAGACCUGAGAGCUCCUCAUACCAUCAUGAAUGAAACCGCAUCCAAUACAAUAACUGGAUUAUAAUUUUUGGUGGUAUUAUUAUUAUUAUUGGCUGCUUUACUUUUUUGGGUUCAUCCUGCUCCUCUUCUUCCUCUCUCCCUCCUCUUUGCUGCUCCCUGUUGGAAAUUAUGGCUCAUCCUGGGAGAAGAGGCUAUGAUAACCGGGAGAUAGUGCUGAAGUACAUCCAUUACAAACUGUCACAGAGGGGAUACGAUUGGGCUGCCAAUGAAAACAGAGGACCAGUUUCUCCAAAUCUCUCUCCCCCUACUGUUGCUGGGACCUCAUCUGACCAUGCUGGGCUGGUGUCUCUGCCUCCUGAGCCCCCUGGCUCGGCUGCUGCUAGUAACGUACCCCUUGGUGAUGGGCUGCGCCCAGCACCGCAGGCUGUUCUCUUGACUCUGUGCCAAGCUGGAGAUGAAUUUUCCCGCCGCUACCACAGAGAUUUUGCCCAGAUGUCUGGCCAGCUGCACUUGACCCCAUUCACGGCCAGGGGGCGCUUUGUGGCGGUGGUGGAGGAGCUGUUCCGAGAUGGGGUUAACUGGGGAAGGAUCGUGGCCUUCUUUGAAUUCGGUGGCGUGAUGUGCGUGGAGAGCGUUAAUCGGGAGAUGUCGCCUCUUGUGGACAGCAUUGCUGUGUGGAUGACCGAGUACCUGAACAGACACCUACACAACUGGAUCCAAGACAACGGAGGCUGGGAUGCCUUUGUGGAGUUGUACGGCAGCAACAUGAGGCCUUUGUUUGAUUUCUCCUGGAUCUCUUUGAAGACUAUCCUAAGUCUGGCUCUGGUGGGAGCUUGCAUCACCCUUGGCGCUUAUCUGGGACAUAAGUGAAGUCAACUAUCUAACCAUGGAUUACAAAAGUCUUACGAAACAAUAAAAUAAUAUGUUUUUUCCAGUAGCACAAUGAUAUUAGUUUUAUGAGCAGAAGUUCCUGGCUAAAUAUAAAUCAGCUAUUACUGCCAAAGGGAAGUAUCAUUUAUUUUUUACAUUGCAGGAAACAAAGUUAUUUAUUAAAGAUAUUUACAUUUAACUUGCUAUUUUCAGAAACUCUACAAACAGUUUAUAUCCGAGUAUCACAUAAUAUUGUUAUGAAUUGUAAUGAGCCCCCAACACCUUGAGCUUUUUUUAUUUUUUAAAAUAAAUUAAUGCAGCUGGAUGGAUUAAAUAUACUGACAAAGACCUACCUGCUUUCUCUUGGGGGAGCAGUUACUUGGGCUGCUUCAGACUGUGUAAUUGUGUUGAUUUUACUACAAUUUCUCACAGAUCCAAGGAGAUGGGAUCCUAAAAAAAUCAGAGGGAGUGAAGUUAGAAUUAUUUCCAGCUGGCAAGUACUGACAUUAGUAUACAAUUCAAUAUGGUACAUACUUGGUGUCAGAAUAGCAACUUCUCGAAGGACAGCUAUCUAUAGGAGUCUCCUGGCAGGACAACAGUUUGAAAUACGAUUGCAUAUAUUUUAUGAAAGUAUUUUUAAGUUACCAAAUUGUGCCAAUACAUCAUAAUCAUAACAGUAUCAUCUGAUGCCUUAAAAGGAUGAUAUGUCAAUUCAGAUACUCUUUAUGAGCGCAUGAAAUGAAAUCCUUUGGACAUGCAAGAAAUUACUGUUUCAAUGAUUUUCUCAGCAGUAAAAUGUCUUUUACAGCUACACACGCAGAAACCGUGAGACCGUCAGUGCCUGCCUCUACAGAGCACAGCUGGAGGCUGGAGUCCUGACUUGUGUCCCAUUUUAGUGGGCUCAUAUCUGCAACUGAUCCUGUUUACUUGCUGAGCUCCUCUAGGGUUUUGAAACCAAUUAAGUUUGGUCUCUAAAUCCCUGAAAGUUGAAAAAGGUUUAAAUUUAUUUGGCAAGAAACAGACCUCAUCCGAGUUCCAGAUUAGCUCGAACUAUGCUUGUUUAUCAAACUGGACACCAAAAUCACGUUCAUUUUCAUAACAAAGAAGUCAGAUGACCUGUAUUCUUUCCCCCAUCUCGCCCCCACCCCCAGCCAAAGUAUUACAUGCUAAUAAUUUCUUAAGACUUUCUACAGAAAUAAAGAAGAUGAAGAAAUUGUCCUAAUCCUCUAGCUGGACAGAGACUCACUGACAUCCAGAUUCCUUAGAUGCCUAUUGUCAUUUCAGGGGAGAAUAAGGAGUGGGAAAGGAUGGACUGAGUCAGCUUCUUGAAUAAUAAAUGUAAUUUAAAUAAGAUUAAUUCAGAAUACUUAAUAUACAGCUUUAUAACAACUGCAUAAAUCCUGGAACCAUAUAUCUUAGACAUGUCAACAUACUUUAAGGUGGGCUUUAACAAGCUUUUCGCUUCUAUGAAUUCCACCUUAAAAACCUCUAAGUCAAGUGUUUUUAUUUUUUUACUAUGAAACUGUCAAAAUAUGAACUUUGUGGCUAAAUGUACAUCCAGGGACAAGUUAGAAAGCUCUGGAUAAAAGGACAGGAACAACAGACAAGUACUUUCAGAGUGAAAACAAUACAAUGAAAAACUAUGCAGACUCAACCUUGAGAUUUCAAUAAUAUAACUUUGUGGCAUUAUAUGCAAAAUAUCUGCAGUAAUUUAGGAAUGUAAUAUGUUCAUUGUUAAGGCUGUAAUUGAUGUGAUUUCUUCAAAGCUGCUUUUUUUAGAUUUGUGCAUCUCAGCAUUUUUAUUGUUAUUUUGUCACGGCACCUACACUUUCUAUGGGCAAAGAUUGAGUGAGCGCUGCAUUUCAAAUUUGAAAUUAUUUUAAUUUUACAGAAACAUUUAAUGGAAUGAAUGUUUCUAAAGCAAAUGUGAUCUGUUUUUAAACUCUGCUGAGUAAAAACACCUGAAAUGUCAGAACUGUAUGCAUCUGUGCAAGGCACUUAUGAAAAAUAUUUAAAAAUAAUAGGGAACCAUAUAUUAGGAAUUGAAUGUGGUCUUGGUUUUUCCACCUACCAGGUUUAAUUUAUGGAAAGCCAGGUACAAAGCUGAACUAGAAUUGGCACUGUACUAAUGUUUCAAUCCACAUUUCACAAUCUAGUCUUCAUUUCAGUUUGUGCCCAUUAACCCCCCAUUAAAAAUAAUGAAUGAUUUGACCUUGAACUUUUUCAAUGUUGAAUUGUUUAUUGACGGUUUACAUCAUCAAAAAAUAUAAAAAGAGUAACUAUAAAUUCCUGUGCUGCUAUACUACCAAGAUAAUUUGGAUAGAGUUUAUUUUGGACUAUCCUCCAGUGGCAAGAUUUUUCAAAGCUGCUUUAGAAGUAAUAUGAAGUAGUCACAUUACAGAGAUGAUUAUGUAGAUGCUGCCAAUUUGUGUUCUGUUGUAUCUAUUCACUGGGAUUCCCAGCAUAUUAGUUAAUAAGUUAAAAAAGUCAAGGCAACUGUUAAUGGUUAUUUUAUUAAACAGAUAAUGGAGCUUUCCCAUUCUGACUGCAGAAUUGUACAAUAUUGUGGCUGCAUUAGCUGUAAGUUGAUGAUGCAUUUAUUAUUAAUCACCAUACUAGAAACGUUGAAUGUAUAUAAAAGCUUGAACUUGUUUAAAAAAAAUCUCCCCCCCAAUCCUCUUGCUUUCCCAGUGAUUCCUGUCACUUCCAUUUUCUUUGUUACCGUAUGAAACAGAACUUUCCCUACAACAUGCAAGGCCUUAUUAUCAUGCUCCAAAACUACAUUUCAGUUAAAAAUCACUUCUUCUCUCACCCCGAUCAGUCCUGUUGGCAAUCUAUAAAAAGAAGCUAAACAUAUAAAUAGUUGCACUUCUAAAGUUACUUGGCUGUGGAGAACCAAGGGACAACACGGGAAGAGGUGUUAAGAAGUGUAGAGAGGAGAUAGAUCAUUGAUAUAUCUCCAUGACUGAGGAUAAAAGUGCCUGAGAAAUUUGGCCAUGUUUCAUCUAGGUGAAAAGAAAAAAAAUGAUAGGCAGUGACGAUAAACAGAGCAAAAGGUUACAAAAUUUCCCCCCCAAAGUACUUAAGUAAAGCCUUGUUAAUUCUAGCAGCAAUCAUCUACAAACCAGAUCAGAUAUUUGAUGUUACUGUACCACAAUUUUUUUUGGUCCUUUAAGUCUUUUGGGCUUUGUUUUUCAAUAAAAUAAUAAAAAAAGUCUUGUUUUUUUAAACAAAGGAAAACAUCAUAAGAUCAUCUACGAUUUGUCAUAGUUCCACAAUGUACCGAUAAGCCCCUUUGUUUUCAGUUUUAACUGAUUUUUUACCAAAAAUUUCCUGGGUUUUACAAAAAGUAUUAUUCAUUUUUUUUCUGAUUUUCACCCUACUUUUGUAUCAUUCAAAUAUAUAAAAAAUAACUAGUUUUAUUAGGAAAAUACAAUACAUUGUAUAAGAUAUAUGUAUUACGAUAAUGCAUUUGUCUGUGUGUAUAUGCAAAGCUGCCUGUUGAAGUAAGGCUAUGUAUUAGUCUAGAAGAUACAUACAAACAAGUACACACGUAAGCUCUGAAGUGCGUGCGCAUUAAGCGUACUGAUGAAUCUCACCCACCAUGUACACAUUUCAAGCUGUUAGCAGAUAACAGUUUAAAGAUCUGACACACUAAAAUGGGAAGAAAAUGAAAAUAUGUUUCAGAACACAAGGAAAUAUUCGAAAGUUUUAAAAAAACAAAAACAGGAGGAGACAAGGAUGAAGUUGAGUGUAUGUGCUGCAAAUGGUGUGGCCCAAUUAUUAAACGUUUAUAGGUUAAUAAGUCUACAACAGUAAACUGUUUAUUCAAGUGAAAAGUUUUAUUUGGGGAUUAGAGAUCUAUUGUUUUCUUAAACUCAGAGGUAGCAUUGUGUUUUGAGUUCUGUUUUAGUUCAGCAAACCACAUUGAUGAACGGAAUUCAAAGCGUUAAUCUACUGAAUACUUUUUCCCCCUGCCCGUCUUUUCAUCCACCAAAAUAAGCCCCGAUAUUUACCCCAAAAAAUUAAUAAUAGUUUUUUGCACUGAUUUUCCCACCUGUUUUUGUGGUUGUGUUUAUAAACACUGAUAAAUUCCCAGGGGAAAUUAAAUAAAAUAAAAACUGAAAACAAAGGGCUGUAUGUACAGUGUAAAUAAGAGUUCUAAAACAAGGGGAAAGAGCCUAAAACUAAGUAUUGAGACAUCAGAGGAGAGACAGAGGAUAAGUCUUGGUAGUCCAGACAUUGGAUCGGACAAUGGAAUAACAUGUCUGUUGUGGUAAUUGAAGCUACCGAGAGAAGUGGGCUAGUGAGGGCUGAAAGGUGAUUAGAGUGGGGUUUGUACACAGAGUCUUGUAUGAUGCAGAAACUUAGCCACAAUGGCCCAAGAAAUAAAUUUCAGUCAUAACCAUCUACAUGUUUGUGCAUUUUCUUAGUUUCCUGUUGUGAUCUGUGAAAUCAUGGGAUGCUUUAAUAAAGCACACAGCUAUAGACUGGAAUAAUUCCUUUGGAAACAGACUUUUGCGUGUGAAGGUCAAUAUGGGAUGCUAUAAGGUGCAGAUUAUGGGCCCAGAACUUCUUGUCCUUGCAUACACAAACCUCCCAUUCACCUCAGUGGAAGUUCUGCAUGGUGAUGUGGUUGGCCAUGCAUCUGCACUAAUUUUAUAUCCUAAAAAUCUUUUUAAAUGUUGAUGAAAAACGUGAUGAAGUUGCAGGUGCAAAGAGCCUGCAUUUCUAAUUUUUUUUUUAAACAAGAUAGCAUGUGGAUUCAUUCACAUUAUUUGUUAAUGACUCCUAAUACCAUGUUUGAGAAGUUAAACUUUUUUGGAUUCACUCUUUUGGAGUGUAAAUAUCCUCUAAAACCAGAAAAAUUAAGUUUUAUUUUGCAUUCCUAUAUAUCAUUAAAACAAAACUAAGCAACAGGGAGGCAAGGGAAUCAAUUUAAUCUAAAAUGGUUUUUGAAAUGUGCUCCUGUGCUAAAAGUUAAUGCAGCUUCAUCCUGGACUGAAAUCCUUACAACCAAGUUAUAAAGCAUUAAGAACUCCCAUCACACAUAAAAAAUCAUGUAUAUUUUUAUUUAAAUAGCAUUUUUUCUUUUGAAUAUUUGACUUUUAAAUAUCACCAGCAUCAUUGUAUAUAAGCAGGUAUCAUUUAUCCAUUAUCUUGGAUGAUGUAUGUAAGGUAGUUUGCCAGUUUAUUAUUGUUUCAUAUGAUUACAUUGUUCUUUGUGUUUAAACUGUUACAUGUUGCCAUUAAACUUUCUAUGUCUGUCUAGUUAAUAUUGUGAAGAAAUAAUAAAGUACACUGUGAGUUACUUGUUA